AUGGGCGACAAUGAUUAUUCACAAUGUUAUGAUUUUGGAGGUGGGUCUUCUUCAAAGGGAGCUUUCAACUCUACAAGGAAUUGUGAAAUAAUAGAGGACACAAAUGCAAAUAACAACCCCCAGCAAGAGCAGGUUGUGAUAGAGUAUAAUAAAAUCAUCGGAACUAAUGUCAACAUGGAACUUCAAGGAGUUAAAGUUCUUGGAACUGUUAUUUCUUAUGAACCCUCACUGAAUCUGUUUAAAGUUCGAUACAAAGAUGAUGAUUACCCAGAGGAGCAUAUUGGGCUCGGUGUAAUUUUGGACAAUAUGGUUCAACAAAUACCAGAACCAAGCAAUAUUUCGGAGAAGAGUGGUGAGAGUAAAAUGCUAGAGGGCGAACAAGAAAAGGAUGCAUCAAUAGGCCAUAAUAUCUGCAAGGAUUUUGAAGAUCUUCACAUCAAAAUGGAUGGCAAUGAUAAUGAUAAAUACUUUGUUAACGGAGUUGAAGUUGGUUCAUCUUUAGCUGGAGCUAUCAACAAGAUUACUGUCGAAACUUGUGGAGAGAAAGAGGAUGCAAAUAGAGUUCAACCAAGUGACAACCCUGAAAAAGAUAAGAGUGUGCCAGAACCUAGAAAAAUAAUAGGUUGUGACAUCUACAAGGAAUUUAAAGGGGUUAAAGUUCUUGGGACUGUUAUUAACUUCAUGCCCUCAGCGAAUCUGUUUGAAGUUCUGUACAAGAAUGAUAAUCGAAUGGAAUAUUUAACCCUUGAUGAAAUUUUAAAAAAUAUGGCAAACAAGGAAGAUAUAUGGAGGGUCCAACAAGUAUCAGCACCGCCACCAAGCAAUACUGCAUAUAUGGCUACGGAAACUCAAAUGAAAAAGAUUGUUGUAGCUGGAGAGACAUCCACUUCAAAAAGGAGGAAGGGAAAUUUUUCAAUUGGUGCUUAUUCAAGUAGAGUUGGCAUGGACAUUGAACAACCUGAAGUAAAUCCACUAGAGGAGGACAUGAAUAAAGAAAAAUCAAAUUCUGCUCAAACAUAUGUAUGUACUUUAGUCAUUUUUAUUGAAAUUAAUCACUGUAAUAUAUGUUAA